UAAAAGAAGAGUGGGGAGAGUCCGGAUUAUAUCUAAUUCGAUCCCAAUGUACACACAUUAAACAAAACAAAAUAAAACAUGUGUACUGUGUACUACAGUUUAACGCCAUUUGUACUGCAUAAAGACCCACGUACAUACAUGCACCAGCAGAUCAGAUAGAUAACUAAAAUAGAAGGGAAAAAAAAAACUGACUUUGUCUAUGAGAGUCGACAACCUCCUUAAUUAUUCUUGCAAAGAAGAAGAAUAUCGGACAAGAUGAAUCAGAUGCUGCGUUUGGGGUUUGACUUGGGCUCAUUCCCCUGCAUAUAUAUACCUACAUAUAUACAUAUCAUCGUCAUGAUCAUCUUGUUAACUUCAUUAGGGUUUAGAGAUUUGAUUAAAGCUGGUUUCCUGGAAUUCUGAGUCUAAAUAGGACCAUCCUUGUAAGAGAAAAGACAGAAGCCUCUUUAUAAUAAUAUGUCUUCCCAGCCAAAUCAUCAGACUUCAACAUCCAGUUUACUCCAUGAUCGCUUGCAUAUCCCUGCAGAAGCAGUCACUGUGAAGGAUUCAGGACAUGAAGACACGUGUCAAUCACAACGAAAAGGGAAGGAAGCAGUAUUGCGUGAGCAUGACCUUAAGGAUGUUCAAGAUCAUGGCUCAAGUGGUGGUGCAAAGAAACAAGACCAUAACGCCAAGGAGCGUCUAAGAAGGAUGAGACUUCAUGCCUCUUACCUCACUCUCGGCACUCUUCUUCCUGAUCAUUCUUCUUCUUCCAAGAAGAAAUGGUGUGCGCCGUCUAUAAUUGAUAGAGUGGUCACUUACAUUCCCAAGCUACAAAAUGAAAUUGAGGAGCUAACUCUCAGAAAGCAGAAGCUUGUUGAGCAAGAGAGACGUGGUCCUUCAGUUCGAGCAAUCUCCGUUCUCAAAUUAGGGGGAUCAGGUGAUGAGGCUGUUGUACAGAUAAGCAUGAAGAAGGAGAAAGAAGACGAGUUCUCGAACUUGCUUAAUGUAAUGGAGGUGCAAGGUUUGAGUAUCUUAAGUGUUUCUACUUCCCAAGUUUGCCGAUAUCAAAGGCUGGUUUGCUACAACUUCCACGUUAAGAUGAAUGAAAAGCCAUGUGGAGAUGAUGAUGACUACAUCACAAUGUUGAAGAACAACAUCAUUGCUGCGCUCUCGUGAGUCGAGACAACACCGAAAAACAAAAACAGAAAUUAAAGAAUGAAUGUAUAUAGCUUCGAUGGGCGCUUAUUAUACAUGAUUCGGUAACAACAUUUCUAGCCACACAAGGGUUCUUCUUUAUAGACGUUAACAUGUAGUAACAUGCAUUCCUUAAUUAAUUUUUUUUUUUUAAAACGGCUUUCAGACAUUCCUUGAUUUAUGGUGACCUUUCUCUGAUAUGGACCCAUGUAUGAUGGGGAAAGAAACUAUAAAGUUAGAUAAUACUGAGUGUGAUAUUGGUUUUUCCACAAUGAUUGGUCUAGAGAAGAAAAAACAAAAAAAAUCCAUAUGUUGAUAUGUUUAGCGAGAUUCAAACUUGAUAUCAAAAUUUGUAUGUUACGGCUUGAUACCUCAUAAUUUAUGAUGCAUGCGUUAAUUGGAUCGUUGAUCCUCUUAUAUGCUGCGGUAAUGGUCAUAUCAUAUAUAUAACACUAACACAACGUUCUACGCAGACUCUAGCUGAGACUGAGAGAGAGAGAGAACCGAUUAAUU